AUCGCGAUGGGGCUGCUGCUCCGGCGCCUCUUUCUCCUGGGAGCAGUGGUUGUCUUCCUGGGGGGCUGUUCUGGCUCUUCUUCACAUUUCCUCCAUAAUCUCUACAUGGUGUUUUCUGAGCCUGGCCAGGAACUGCCCCAGUUCAUGGCCAUGGGCUACGUGGAUGGCCAGCUCUACAUUAAGUAUGGCAAAGUCAUCGGUCAAGCCCUGCCUCAAGUCCCCUGGAUGGGGGAGAUUCAGAAGGCGGACCCCCUCUACUGGGAUGGCCAAGCCCAGAUUGCUCGGAACACGGAGCCAGUGUUCAAAGUGAACCUGGAGGGGGUGCGGAGUCACUACAACCACAGCCUUGGGGGGUUCCAUAUCCUACAGGGGAUAGUGAGCUGUGAACUCAACCAGGAUGGGAAGCUCAUUGGAGGGCGUUACCAGUAUGCCUACGACGGGAGGGACUUCCUGUCCUUCGACAAGGAGACCCUCACCUGGACGGCUUCUGAGCCUCAGGCUGAGAUUUCCAAGAGGAAGCUGGAUCCGCUCCUGGCCACUUCCCAAUACCUGAAAUCCUACCUGGAGGAGGAAUGCGUUGACUGGCUGCGAAAGCACCUGAAAUAUGGGAAGGAGAGUUUGCUGAGGACAGAGUCUCCGGUGGCAAGAGUGACGCUCAGGGCCGUCCACGAUGGCUGGGAGACCCUCUUCUGCCAAGCCUAUGGCUUCUACCCCAAGGAGAUCGACAUCGUCUGGGAGAGGGAUGGGGAAGCCUGGCACCAGGACACGUUCACCAGGGGGCUUGCCCCCAACUCGGAUGGGACCUACUACACCACACUCAGCAUCAGCAUUGACCGCAAGGAGAGGGGCCGCUUCCGGUGCCAUGUGGAACAUGACGGUCUGCCAGAGCCUCUGUACCUGGCCUGGGAGGAGCCAGCCUCAGUUUCCAGCAUGGGUCUGAUUGUGGGCAUCCUUUUUGGUGUCCUAGUUGCUCUUUUACUGGGAACUGGAGUCCUCUUCUACGUCAGUAAGUCAACAGGGAUGGGCUUGACUGGGAAGACUGCGGGCGUUCCUCUGUGA